GAUUAACCUGUCCCUAGUGGUUUGCGACCAGGAUGUCGUCCUUCUUUUUCUCCACACCCGUCGAUAUCGACAUCUUGCUGGAAGACGGCGAUGAGCGGGAAACAGUGGACAUCAAACUCGAGAAGAACCGGCGAGAGAAGGCACCGUUGUAUCUCGACGGGGAGUCAGUCAAGGGCGCUGUCACAGUGAGGCCAAAGGACGGCAAACGACUGGAACAUACGGGCAUUAAGGUACAAUUCAUUGGCAUGAUUGAGAUGUUCUAUGAUCGCGGCAACCACUACGAAUUCCUCUCCCUGGGUCAAGAGCUUGCUGCUCCAGGUGAACUGCAGCACCCGCAGACAUUCCCAUUUAAUUUCAAAAAUGUUGAGAAACAAUACGAAUCAUACAAUGGAAUCAACGUCAAGCUACGGUACUUUGUUCGAGUUACUGUAUCCCGUCGCAUCGCGGAUGUAGUGCGGGAGAAGGAUAUCUGGGUAUACUCCUACCGACUGCCGCCAGAGUCCAACAACCCAAUUAAAAUGGACGUUGGCAUCGAGGAUUGCCUACAUAUAGAAUUUGAGUACUCAAAGUCGAAAUACCACUUGAAGGAUGUUAUUGUGGGCAGAAUAUACUUUUUGCUUGUUCGGCUGAAGAUUAAGCAUAUGGAGCUCUCGAUUAUAAGGCGAGAGACGACGGGUUCCCCGCCAAAUCAGUAUAACGAAAGCGAGACAUUGGUGAGAUUCGAGAUUAUGGAUGGCUCGCCAUCAAGAGGCGAAACUAUACCCAUCAGAUUAUUCCUUGGUGGAUUUGAUCUGACGCCUACCUUCCGAGACGUGAAUAAGAAGUACUCGACAAGAUACUAUCUCAGCCUUGUAUUAAUAGAUGAAGACGCGCGUCGAUAUUUUAAGCAAUCGGAGAUUGUCCUAUUCCGCCAAUCCCCAGAGAUGGCGGCAGCUGCCCAACUCGAAAACCAACCUCAUGAUGGCCAGCAUGCGGUGCCUCCACCAGAACGCAAGCAAGCUGUACGUCAUAGUGACGACGGGGAAGGGGACGCACUGCAAAACCCACAUCUUGCAUCGGCCCCAUCCCAACUUGCACCUGAACCCGCAUCUGCAUCCACAACGCCGGCAUAA